AUGCUCGUGGGCGCAUUUCUGUGUCCAGACUUUCCCCGCAGCCGCCGGUCUUUGCUGAAUCGCUACGAGGCCUUCGGCAUCGCACUCCUUCGCAAUGAAGAGCGCCGUUGCCAGACGAAGCGUCAUCUCCCGCCCUAUUCGUCUGCGCACGGAGACAGCGGGCACGGACAGCGGCUGCUUGGGGGAGGUCUGAAGAGACACAGCCGUCGCAGUGGGCUUCGCCCUCUCGCGACGCAUUCUCGCGCUGAAACUUCAUCGUCCUCUUCUCUGCGCGCCUCCUCGUCCUCCCCAGAUCUCUCGUCGUCUGCUUCAGGCACCUCUUUUCAACCUCGCGCAGUGUCCUCUCUGGGGUUUCUGGAGGCUCCCCGCUUCGGCUCUCGCACGGGCGCCGCGGGCGGCACGCUUCGCUUCGUUCACAAUUCGCUCGCUGAGCGCUGGUGCGUCGUCGCCAAGCCGGCUGGUUGGUCUCUGGAGCCUCAGAGUGUGCGGCCGUCGGUUCGGACGGUUCUACAGCCUCUGCUCGACGCCGCCAUCGUCUCGCGGGCCUGCGGGCUCCAGACGGGCCUCUGCAGCUCCGAGGCGGAGGCAGGCCACGGCGCUGGCGCCGGCGCUGCCGAGCUCCUCAUGAGCAAGGAGAUGCGAGGAGCUGUGGAAGGCGAGGUCGAGGAGCAAGAAGAGAGCAAGGCCAUCUUCUUUCCCUUGCAGCUGGAUGCGGACGCCCAGGGGCUGGUCUUUGUCGCCACAGACGAAGCCAUGAACCGGCAGCUAAAAAGCAUGCUGCAAGACGGCAGCAUUCGUCGCGAGUUUCGAGUUCUAGCUGACCUCUCCAGUGUCGCUCCGCCGUCUUCUCCGCAGUCUUCUCCACUGUCUUCUCGCGCCACACUCUCUUUGUCUUCCGUGGGUCUGCCUUCGCCUCGCUUAGCGGCUCCUGCGUCCUCCGCGCUCUCUCUGGACAGCCUGCCGGAUUUCGCAGAUCCCUCUUCCUCGUGGAGCGCUGCCGUGUCGGCGCCGCAGUCCUCGCGCGCCUCGGCUUGCGCAGCGGCGGUCGGGGAUCUUCCCUCAUCUUGGUCUUCGCCUUACGCCGAGGCAUGUGGCGGAGGCCGGAAGCUGCGCGGCACCCGACGAGGCCGUGCGCCGAGCGGCGACCUCUCGCCAAUCAGACCCACCAGCUGGACGGCUGCCUUGCCGCUGUUCGCCGUCCCCCUGCGCUGGCGCGCAUCGCCUGUGGAGCGGCUGUUGGCGGCACGGGCGGUGCGCGAGGGAGCUGAGCGCGUGCAGAGAGAAGACGCAGGCGCGGACGUCGCAGCGGAGGGGAGGCGGAGGGCCUCUACCCCGCUGAGGACACCGCUGUUUCCUGCCUCGACGGAAGUCCGAGGCUGUCUGCGGCUGUGGGAUCCUCGCACCGGCGAGUUGUUUACACAGGGGAGCUUGAAGUCGCACAUCUCCGCCCGCCACGCCAAGCUGCGGCUGCGGCCGGUCCCUGAGAAAAUCCGCCUUGAAACGUCGCAAGAGCGCCUUCUUCACGCGGUUCAGAAGGCCGGCAGCAGGCGCCGAGACGAGAAGCUUCUGCAGCGAGGCGAGGCCAGUGCCCCGUUUUCUCUCGUCGCGUCUCCCGCUCUCGCGGGCAAGGACUCACGCUUCGUCUCCCUGAAGCGACGCGAGCUCCUGCAGCUGCUGGACGGCUCCUUCGUCCUCCACAGUCUCUCCUCGGUCAUUUCGCAGAACGCUUUAUCUCACUCGUCGGGUCUUUCCGCUUCUGCCUCCUCCCUCCUCUCGGAGCACGGCAAGCAGCUAUUCCCUGGGGACGCGGCGGGCGCCGCCUCGCGGGUGUCGCGCAGUCCCGAACUCCUUCUUCUGCCGUCGCUUCGCCCCUCGUAUCUCGCGCCUGGUGCGCCCGCGUCGUUCCUCGCGUUGCCGCGCCUCUCUAGCAGCUGGGCGGCUCGCACAACCUUCACCCUUCUCUCUCUCCAUCGUGCGCGGCUGCUUGACGGCUCAGUGCGGCUUGUCGGGCUCUACCGCGUGUCCACGCAGGAGCCUCCGCGGUCGCACCAAAUCCGAGUCCACUUCAGCGAAGCGGGGUGCCCCCUCGCCAACGACACGCUGUACCAUCCUUCGUUCUCGGGCGAUUUUAAGCGGAAAGUGCUCAUCUCCUCUUGUUUAACGAAGCCCGACGAGGAAUCUGCGAAGCCACAAAGCGGCUCUGAGACUGAGCGAAGCCUGUGUUUCCCAGAAGAUCCCUUCGGCCUGGAUCACUGCGACGAAGUUGACUCCCGCGAGGCCUUCGGUGCCUCUCCUGCGUCGCCCGCAUCGCCUUACAGUCCGGAGGCGGCCUCUGCUUCAGGCGUUGCGUGCGGAGAGCACACCAGAUUGGGGCGAGAGGGAGAGGCGAAAGCGCCCGGCACCUAUCGAGCGGUCGAUGGAGCCACUUCGCCCUCGGUCGCGGGGACGCCCUCCGGCGACGGCUCGGAGGCUCCUCCAGCCUCUGCGGCUCGAGACGCCGGGUCGGGAGGCUUUUCCGUGAGGACGAACCUACCAGGCGAAGACGGGCCUGAAGGAGACGCUGGGCGGGAGACGGCGGGGCGCGGAAGAAAGAAAGCUCGUCUGCAGGAAAAGACGCCUCCCUCGGACUCGCUGCCUCCCCUGCAGAGCGCAGACGGCCUUCUCGCCUUCGAUCCUCAGGAGCCCGCCGUGCCCUGCUUCUCGCUCUCGUUCGCGGCGUCGCAGACGCUCCUCAAGGCCCCCAGCCACACCGCAGGCCCCGCAGACAGAGACGGCGUUGAGCCACCCCUGGGCGACGGCGCCCCUUCGUCAGCGAAUCCGAGACAAGGUGCCGCAGCCGCGAGCAGCCCCUUUUUCGCCCAUUCGGAGGUUCUCCCUAACCACGGGGAGAGAGGAGGGCGGGCGUGUGCUCAAGUCUCCUCUCCGCAUACAGCGUCGUCGGUCGGAGUCGCGGCGCCUCACGAGACGCGGUGCCACGCUGCCCUGCCUCGCAGCUCGUCGGGCGGCGCUCCAGCGCCAGUGAUUUCGUCGCGGGCGCUUGCAGGGGACGAGGCUGGGCGCAGCUGCUUCGCGGCCGCAGAGACACGCCCCCCCCCGCAGCUCUGCCGCCUCGCGGAGCCCGGGCUCUGUGCGUCGUUGGGCCUGCAGCUGUUUAGACUCACGAUGCGAGAUCCGCUGAAGCCGCGCGAGAAGGCAACGGAGGAACUUGUUUUCGAGCUCGACGUGCCGCCGGAGUGGGGCGGCAUCCGCGACAGCUCGCAGAAAGAAGACCUGGAGCUGUGGGAGAAAGAGGGACAAGCGUUCACUGCGCAGGCUGCAGACGCGCGCAGCGAAUCCGGAGUCUCGGCAUUCCCAACGCACACGGCGAAAGCAAGGCAUGCGUAA